AUGCUCCUAAACGUGCUGCCCAUUUUCGUCUUUGCGGCAUCCUUGGCUAACGCCAUCGUCGUCGAGCGCGCCCUCGAGAAGGAGUAUGACUAUGUGAUUGUCGGCGGCGGCACGAGUGGCUGCGUUGUCGCAAACCGCCUCUCCGAGGACAGUGAUGUGUCGGUACUCGUCAUCGAGGCUGGGCCGAUCUUGGAUGGGAAAGACGAGUUCGACUCCUUGCUCGUUGCUGGCGGUGGCUCAGCCGUAAACGGCAAGAUCUUUGCGCGAGGAAGUCGACGGGAUUUCGAGGAUUGGGCCCGCUACCUGGACGAUGACGGCUGGGGGUGGGAGAGCAUGCUGCACUACUACAAAAAGGCCGAAACCUUCACCCUCCCACGGAAGAGUACCGCCGCCAGGGCAACCGUCACGUACCCGGCUCAGUUUCUCCCCAGCACGGCGUACAGGAUCAAGGCGUACAAGGCCCUCGGGUUCCCCAUGGUGGAGGAGGAAGGCAGCGGCGAGAACACGGGCAGCAUCUGGUUCCCUAUUUCCACGCGCCCGGAGGACUACACGAGGAGCUAUAGCAAGCGCGAAAACUACGACCCCUACGCGGAAGACGCGAGUGCUCCUCUUCAAACCGUGCGGGCGAGAAAAGAAGUCAUCGUCGCGGCCGGGUCUAUCAAGACCCCGCAACUCCUCCAGAUCUCCGGCGUCGGUCCCAAGCACGUCUCCGAGGCUCUCGGCGUCGAUUCCGUCUCUGAUGUGCCAGUAGGGGAGAACUACCAAGACCAUGCGACGUACACAGCCAGUUUCAACUUUACUUUUACCUUUGACGAGCGGAUGUGGUUCGCAAAGACCAACCAGACGUGGAUGGACGAGCAGUACGAUCUCUUCAUCAACAACAACACGGGCUACUACACCGCAACCGCGGACAACAACAUGCUACUCCUCUCCAUGCCCCUGCUCCACGGCGCCAAGAAGGCCCGCGCCCUCCUCUCGUCCUACAAGUGCAAGAACCCCAAGCAGUACCUCCACGCCGGUGCUGCCGAGGCCACCGUCGAGUCCUACGCCCGGCAGUACCGCCUCCUCAUGGCCAGCCUCGCCACCAACCACCAGGCGGUGGACGAAAAAGCCGGGUUCGGCGGCCGGCCCGUCCUCGUCAAGCCCCUCUCGCGCGGCGUCAUCCUCGCCAACUCCACCAACAUUUGGGACGCGCCCCUCGUCGACCACCGGACCCUCGCGCACCCGCUCGAUUUGGAAAACAUCAUUGGGUCCAUCCGCGUCACCCGCACCAUUAUGGCCGCGCCCGAGCUGGCCCCGCUGGAACCGGUCGAAAACACCCCCGGGCCGGACGUCGAAACCGAUGAGGAGCUCGCCGAGUUUAUACGCAAUACCAUGUCUCCGGGGGAGCGCACGGCUGCUGUGGAGCGCCGAUGGGCACCGUGCUUGACGAGAAACUAA